AUCCACAAUAGUAACAUCAGUCUGUAUAUGCAGUAAAGCAUGCUUGUUAUGCUCACUGUGGAAGUAGUUAAUCCUCUGCAUUGUACAAAAACACAGUUUGAUCCUCUCUUCUCUGAUCCUCCCUUUCUUCCAGUACCCCCCUCUUAUCUCCUGAUAAGACAUAUCGUGUGGAGUAAAUCUGCACAUGCUCAGUUUGGUGUGUAUUGCCAGAGAGGUUUUUUUGGUUUUGUUUUUCUUGGGAGAGUGCAUGUGAUUAGCACAGGGCCAAUCAACACUGUCCAGACAGAGGUCAGGGGUCCUGCAUCUUCAUGUAGCAGAAUGAAAACUCCUCCUACUAGCUUUAACAGGUACUUUGCUGGACACUGUUCUGAUGAGAAAAGGUAUUUAGCAGUUUGUAUUUACUAAAGUAAUAAAAUUUCCAUGUUCUGUGUACUGUGGGAGACCAGAUAUAGUGAUU